AUGUUUGAGAGCCUUUUCAACAUUUUCAAGCCCUCAAGUCAAGAGGCAGCAGCCCAGCAACACUAUGUUGAGGGCAUGACGACGCAGAAAUUUUCUAGCCCGCCCUCCCCUGUGGCAGAAAGAGUUAUCGACCAGCAGCCUAGUGUCCCCGAUCAGAUGCAACAGCUGCACUUACGUGGUGGCGUUGCACCGGGCUUCUCUGCUUCAAGUGCUGCACCUGCUGCAUCUGUUGUUGAUGGAGUGGCCAAUACCAACUCAGCAAGUUCUUAG